CUAACGCCGUCAUGGUCGUGGGCUAAGAUUCGAUCACCAAUAACCUGGCCUGAUCAUCAUGAGCUCAACUGGAAUGAGGAUAUCCUGCAAGUCGUCAGCUGUGUCGAAGGGAGGCAGUUGGUUGUAAAGGGACACGUUUUGCACGCUCUGUGGGAUGGACGGGUGAUGGUUCUAGCCAUGUCUCGUGACAACUUAGAUAGAGCAUCGCGGGCGGCCAGGAUACUAGCUGCCAGAAGCAGAAGUCGGUCGUCCUCUGGGAUACACCAAAUCGAAGUGGUCUGGGAUGAGCCGUCACGGUUGAAGAGGCAGAGGGUAAGGUGUCUAGAAAUCCGAUCGAGUGUUGAAGGCCUUCGCCAAUCGUAUGGGAUCGUCCUCACUUGGGACGGGAGUACUACGUCAAGGAGACUGGGUUACUUCAAGUUUCUGCACGAGGAGGUGAAUCGAAAUUGGCUUCGCCAGAAAAGACGGAGGCAGAUUUCUAUCAUUUAG